AUGGCAGAUAGUACAGGUUCAGAAAAAGCUAUAGACGGUCAAGAAGUACGAUGUGAGGUAUGCGGAGACUCAGCUACUGGACGUCAUUACGGAACUAUGGCAUGCAACGGCUGUAAAGGUUUUUUUCGAAGAACUAUACGUCGGUCUUACAAAUACACAUGUCGUUUUAAUGGAAACUGCAGUAUUGAUAAGCGUACGUCUUACUUCUGUUACAUUUGUUUUAGUUUUGUUCUUUGA